AUGUGUCGGGGCAUCGUGGGAUUCGUGGCGGUGAUGUGCGCCGCCGCGACCGAGCGCACCGAAGCGAGCGGCGGGGAUGAGCUCGAGGAAGAGAUGGAGGAGGUUGAGCGCGCCAUGCGAGACGUCAUGAGUCGCAACAGUGGGGAACAAACUUUCGAACGAAGGGAAAGCUUACGAGGCGUCGACGGCGUCGAACCAUGCGCAUUUGAAGUCAGUAGUCUGUGGAAAGUGAGUGAGAGCGACACGAAACGCGAUAGCACGGAGUGGGGGACGUUUGUGGACCCGGUGAACGGCGAGGCGGUGAGGAACGCGCUCGUGUACGCCAAGAAGGACUUUGGCGCGAAAUCUAUCGUCGAUUUGGGCAAGCCAGAGGACGUGCAAGUGGCUAAAGCGCUGGGAUUAGAUGAGCUGGAUGAUUCUUAUCGUCGAGCUGAUCUACUCGGUGCGGCAAAGCGCGUGGAGAAGGACUCAGGACGCAUCUUCUAUGAUUGGGAACUUGUCGCGUCGCCGCCUCCCAAAUCGUGUCCGAGCGCUGUCGGAUGCUUGUAUCCGGAGCACAUUUAUCUUAUUUCUGCCACUAUCGUCGAUGGUACGCUUUACGUUCUGAGCAUCGAUGCCACUCCCGCGCAGUGGCGCACGACUGGUAACUCAGUCAAGCGAAUUCGCAACUCGUUCAUCGUCGGGACGAGCUAG